AUGGAUAGGUGGCAGUGGCUCCCAGACCCUGACACAGGUUAUACGGUCGGGGGAGCUUAUCAGCUUCUGACUUCUCAGGAUUCGGUUACUUUGGAUGAUGCGGAAAACCUUAUAUGGCACUCCCAGGUUCCUUUGAAGGUUUCCAUCUUUGCGUGGCGUUUGUUGCGGGAUAGGUUGCCUACGAGAUUAAACCUGGUCACUCGCGGUGUUUUGUCUCUUCCAGCUGCCACUUGUGUUUUCGGAUGUGGAGCAACUGAGUCGGCACAUCAUUUAUUUCUCUCUUGUAGCAUUGUUGGAUCUCUUUGGGAUUUAGUUCGCGCGUGGAUUGAUAUUUCUUUGCUGGAUUGCACCACUAUGCGUGAUCAUUUUGUCCAGUUUACGGCAUCAGCAGGUGGAUCUCGAGCGUGA